AGAGGAAUCAGGACAGACAUUGAUAAUGGCAAUGGCUCUGCAAGUUGAAGGCCAAACUCUGCAGCAACUUGACGCUGUCGCACCAACUGCUGACAUGGGAGAGCUUUUGGCUAAUGGCCAGGGUACCAGUGCUGCCGAAGACGUGCCCUGUGAUGCCUGCACAGAACCGAAGACGAAGGCCGAGAAGUCCUGCCUUGUCUGUCUGGCCUCCUACUGUUCAACACACUUGGAGCCUCAUAAUUCAGCUAUAAGGCUGAGGGGCCACAAACUGGUGGAACCAGUGGAGAACUUAGAUACAAGGGCCUGCCUGACUCACGGAUACCCGCUUGCCCUUUACAGCAGGAAGCGGCAGGCAUGCAUUUGUGCUCGAUGUUUGGACGGAGGUCAGGAGGAGGUCGUCUCCGCCGAAGAGGAAUGGCAGAAGAAGAAGGAUCAAAUCAAGAACACCAAGGAAGACUUGCAACACAGAAUUAUGGCAAGAAACACAAAGAUUCAUGAGAUCAAUGAAGCUCUAAAGAACUGUAAGGGGCAAAUUGUGACCGAGUGGUGGCAAAUUGAUGCUUUGUUUACGGCUGUGCUCGAUGUUGUGAGGGAAGCCAGGGCUCAGGCACUGAAGCCUCUCGAAGACAAGCUGCAGUUCUUGAAUAAAGAGUCACAAGAUCUCAACGACCAGCUGGAAGAUGAAAUCAACAAACUCGAGACAACAAUCUCACAGCUAGACGGCAUUGAUGCACUUGAAGAUCACAUCCUUUUCCUACAGAGGUACCCGUCUCUUUCAGUCCAGGAGGAUAUGAAGGACUGGACAGGCGUUGAACUUGACACCUCCCUGUCUUUUGGCUCCAUGAGAGAAAUCACAACAACAAUGAUAGAGAAUAUUCAGCUGAAGCUGGAGAAGAUGGCCACCAUUGAACUCGCCAGAUUCUCGAAGUUUGCAGUGGAGGUGAAGCUGGACCCAGCCACUGCGCAUCAGCGCCUGCUUCUUUCUGAUGAUGGCAGCAAAAUGAAAGAUGCAGGACGAAACCUGAAGGUAGCAGAUUCUCUAAAGAGAUUUGACGUGCUCGGCAGCGUCUUGGGACUCAACUGCUUGACGACUGGGAAGUGGUACUGGGAGGUGGAGGUCAGCAACAGCACCGGCUGGGACCUAGGUGUAACCAGAGGCAGCGCCGACCGCAGGGGGAGACUGAUUUUGAGCCCAGAUAACGGCUACUGGGCUCUGGUACAUUUUGAAGAGUGUGAGGCACCCAAACCAUUUAUAACGUACACAGUGAUGACAGCGCCACCCGUUUGUCUUUCACUUAAAGACAAACCAACGAAAGUGGGGGUGUUUGUUGACUACGAGGAAGGUCUCCUGUCUUUCUACGACGUGAUGGCCCAGUCUCAUAUCUACUCAUUCUCCAAGUGCUCAUUCUAUGAUGAGCUUUAUCCAUAUUUUAGUUUACAUAUGAAAUAUGAGAUCAACCCAGACCCUUUGAUUAUUUCACAAUUAAAACAUUAAAAUGGAUUCUGAAUAUUAGCAUUUGGUUUUCCAUAUUUCUCAGCCAGAGUAUUCCGUACUGAUGAUACAGAACUUUAUUUAGCUCG